AUUUCAUUGCGACACUAAUUGAAAGUUUUUCACAACCCUUAUGUCGAAUAAUAGCCACGCUUUGAGUGGCGCUAAUGUAAACUUCUUAUUUCGCUCAGUAGAAAGAGACUUCUCGAAUGGCAAGGGACUAUCGGAAACAGAUAAGACUCUUUCAGAAACUACUCAUUGGAGAAAUACAUUGAACGGGACAAGCACUUUGCAAAAACAUGGAAUGAAACCAUAUAAUGAUAUCCAUGAAGAUUGGAAUGAAAGGUUGCGUUAUACUCAUUCAAGCAAUUCACUUUCAUCCAUAUCGGAAAUUGUAUUCCAACAGGACAAAAGAUUUACAGAUGAUUCAUCCUAUCUGUUUUCAUAUCCUGAUCAUUCGUUGGACUAUUUGUCAUUGAGCAAGCAUGAAGACUCCAAAUUGGGUGGCACUGGUUCCCAGCAAAAAAUUCAGAAUCCGUUUACGUCUCUAGUAUCGACAACUCCAAAUUCUUUUGGUUGUAAUAGUGCAAAUGAAAUAUUUUCAGAUUGGACGCUUUCAUCAGAUUCUUCUGAGACCCAAGCUAGUCAAGCAUCUCGUGUGACACUCACAAGUAAUUUGGUGAACAGUGAGGACAACCAAUUGAACUCUUCAUACAAGUAUCCCAUUAGACGAUCCCGCCCAGAUUGCAUCUAUUAUCUUAAGACAGGGAAAUGCAGUUACGGAACGAAAUGCAAGUAUAAUCACCCUCCAAGAGAUCAAACUCUGGUCAAAGCCUUAUCUAGACGUGAAUGUUUUGAUUUCUUACAAUUUGGCAGAUGUCCAUAUGGUAAGAAAUGUAAAUACAGUCAUCCUAAUCGUCAACAUGGCGAGAAAAAUAACUUUUCAACAGAAACGACACAGCAUCAUCACUUGGCUCCAAAAAAUGCUAGUUUGAAGAAUUCUGAGCGUCACUGUCAGCGCUCUCGUUCUAAUUUAGACCUAUCAAUGUUAGAAUUGGACGAGAUCUCCUCAAUAUGGAACGAGGAAAGUUGGAAUAAGAUCAACUUCGAGGAUAGUUCUUCUACAUCUUAUCAUUUAUGGGAUAGUAUAUCGGUAUUUGACCCUUCUUUGCCUAAUCUUGUUCCGGACACCGCAUUCUGUUAUGUAGAAACCAUGAAUGCAAGUCAAAUGAAUGAAAGGCGACGCUUAUUUCCUGAUACUUGUGAAAGACAUGUUGUUGCGGAUGUUGCCACUGAACAACAUUUGCCAUUGAGAAGACCAAAUCAUGGUUCUAGACGAGUUUCUCGUGAUCCUUCAUUUUUAAAGGACUGUGUCGGCAAUGUUUCAAAUGUCAUGAAGCACCCAAAUCAGUUUUUUAGCACUCCGUCUGUAGAACUCUUGGAGGUCAAUGAGGUUAAGUUUGAAUCAGUCAAAAAGAACAUGGUUGCUGAACAGUCGCAAUGGGUACAAGAUGAUGGAGCGGAAGAAUUAUGUCUUGGUGAGGAAACUUCCGAUUGUUUAGCAGCAUUGUCUUCAAUGUUUUCCAGUUGUUCGAUGCAAUGUUCCGAGUCUAAUUGAAUGGAUAAAUUCAUUCAUGAUCGUCCUUGGUUGGAUAAAUAUUUUAGUGAGAGUAAGUUCAUGAAGCGAUGAAGAAAUGUUCAUAUUACAAAGAGCGAGAUGGGAAAUCGUUGUGUCUACUGUUGGUUCGAAAACGUUCUAGGUUGCUCGAUAGAAGAGAUUUUUUAUGACUCAUGCAUUAUAGUUUGUGUAAAUAGAGUAUAUUUGUUGAUUGUCAUUAUAUGUU